UUUCGCUUAGAAUGUAGUCGUUUAUUUCCGUAAGUCACGUGAUUCAACCCCAAAACACGUAGUUGAGCAAGGAAAAUUGACAAAAAUAAUUGUGUAAAUUAACUUAAUUUAAAAGGACAAUGUCAUCUUCCGGAACGAGAGUGUAUGUUGGAAGAUUGCCAAAUGAUGCAAGGGAUAAAGAUAUUGAAAGGUUUUUCAAAGGUUACGGCAGAUUGCGGGAAAUUUUGAUGAAAAAUGGCUACACAUUUGUGGAAUUCGAUGAUCCAAAAGACGCUGAUGAUGCUGUGUAUGAAUUAAAUGGAAAAGAAAUGCUUGGUGAAAGACUUAUCAUAGAACAUGCCAGGGCCUCAAGGGGAGGCCCCAGGGGUGGAGGCGGUGGAUUUGGAGACAGAUACGGUGGUGGAGGAGGUCGGUUUGGUGGUGGUGGUGGAUAUGGAGGAGGAUACGGCGGAGGUGGUGGCCGGUUUGGUGGGGGCGGGGGCAGAGACAGGUACGGGGACUCCGGAUACAACAGCAGGCGACCCAGUGGUGGGGGCAGAUAUGGGCCACCCCAGAGAACUGACUACAGACUGAGAGUUGAAAACCUUUCAUCUAGAGCAAGCUGGCAGGACCUGAAGGACCACAUGAGGACGGCUGGUGUGGAGGUUACCUUUGCUGAUGCCCACAAACAGAGGACUGGUGAAGGAGUGGUUGAGUUCUCAUCCGAGUCGGAUAUGCUGCGUGCUAUUGACAAGAUGGACAAUACAGACAUCAACGGCAAGAAGAUCAAACUGGUAGAGGAAGGACGAGGAGGUCGAAGCAGCAGCAGACGCAGCCGAUCCAGGUCCCGCAGCCGAUCCAGGUCCCGCUCCAGGAACCGCUCCAGGUCUCGAUCCAGGUCUGACAGCCGAAGCUCCAGGAGCAGCCGAUCAAGCACCCCACCCAAGAAACGCUCCCGCACAAAGUCUGGUGAUGGGGAGGGGGGUGACUGAGUGUUAUGCUUCAAACUCUGGGGGUUAAAAGCAGGCAUUUUGAUAGAGUUUUGCCACAGACUCUAAGACUCUUGUUAAAUCUCUUGUAAUGUGGUCAGGAACUUACUUUCUAUUCUACGGCUUUGUUGGCCUUUCUAAAUUGAUACAUAUUUUAUGAUCAUUUUUUAUAUGUUUAUACAAAAACAAAUGUGUCUGUUGAACAUGGUUGAACUGCACUUUUUUGACCGAGUGUGUCAAAUGUUGAAAUUUUAAUUUACAACAGAAUGUUUUCUAGGGGUACCAAAUUGAAUCAGUUAUGAAAUUAGGGAAAAGGUAUGCCUAAAUAAUGCCAUCUUAAUGAAUGGAACUCGAUAAAUUGCGUCCAUAUUAUAGUACUUACUUGUAGAAUAAUUUGGUUUGUCUUAAGAAAAAAGAAUACUGUUUUAUAUAACUAUGAUAUUUCUGUUAAAGUGCUGGUGCACUGUUUUUUUCUGUACGAUUAUGAUUUGUGACAAAAAAUAUAUCUUUAAUAUUUCAGUUUUCAUAUACUUUAUAUUGUAGUUUAUCUAUAAUGUGCCUGAAAUGAGAUUUGAAAAAGAAGAGUUAAUAUUUGUGGAGUGUAUUGUUAUCACUACUAAUAGAAUGUGUUGUUUUUUCUUUUAGUUGUUUAACUGUUAUUUCAUUUGAGAACCAUAGGAAAGAGAUCUAAACAGUUAUAAUGCUUAAAGGCCUGUCAAAACAAAAACAAAAGACUCAAAAAAUGGUGAUUAAAAAAUUAUCCUCAGUAUCAUGCUGGAAUUAGUUUCAGUAUUGAUAGUAAAAAAAAAAUGGCAGUUGACGAAUUUCGAAAUCUAAUUUGAAGCACAUGGUUGCUCAGUUCGUAAAAAAUAUUAAAAUUUUGUAUGUGGUAGUUAUUGGAGGAUUUAUUAAAGUGUAAUUUGCCCGUUACUGGUGUCAGUUACAAAAGUAAUGCAAGUAGACCUUUGACCUUCAAGCUUUUCACAGAUAUAAAAAUCAACCAUUGGAAUCAUUUUGCUGUACAUAAAACAUGAAAAACACUGUAUUUCAUUAUAUAUCUUUUUAACACUAUACCAUUGUACAUUGAUAGUGUCUUAUGAAGGGAUGUACAGUAAUCUUGUGUUAUAAUGCAGUUUCUAUUGAAAUUUCUAUACACCAUCGCUUCAUAUCAUUACUGCAUGUACUGAACAAGUUUUUCAUCAUCAUUCAUUCAAUUUCGUGAGAAAUACACAUAUGUUUUUAACAUGUAAAAAAAUUAUUGUGAAAUAAAAAUGUCAUAUUUUACAAAA